AUGGCGGACAAAGAUGCUGCCUUUGAUGAUGCAGUGGAGGAGAGAGUUAUAAAUGAAGAAUAUAAAAUUUGGAAGAAAAACACACCCUUUCUCUAUGACUUGGUCAUGACCCAUGCCCUGGAGUGGCCUAGUCUCACAGCCCAGUGGUUGCCAGAUGUUACAAGACCCGAAGGAAAAGAUUAUAGUGUACACAGGCUUGUUCUGGGGACUCACACAUCAGAUGAGCAGAACCACCUUGUCAUCGCCAGUGUUCAGCUUCCAAAUGACGAUGCUCAGUUUGAUGCUUCUCAUUAUGACAGUGAAAAAGGAGAGUUUGGAGGCUUUGGUUCUGUCAGUGGGAAAAUUGAAAUUGAGAUCAAGAUAAACCAUGAAGGAGAAGUGAACAGAGCUCGCUACAUGCCUCAAAAUCCAUGCAUCAUUGCUACAAAGACUCCCACCAGCGAUGUCCUUGUUUUUGAUUACACCAAGCAUCCGUCAAAGCCAGAUCCUUCUGGAGAAUGUACUCCUGAUUUGCGCCUCAGAGGUCACCAAAAAGAAGGCUAUGGCCUCUCCUGGAAUCCCAAUCUCAGUGGCUGCCUACUCAGUGCUUCAGACGAUCAUACCAUCUGCCUUUGGGACAUAAGCACAGUUCCUAAAGAGGGGAAGAUUGUGGAUGCCAAAACAAUCUUCACAGGUCAUACUGCUGUUGUGGAAGAUGUUUCUUGGCACCUUCUUCAUGAGUCCCUUUUUGGAUCAGUGGCAGAUGACCAGAAGCUCAUGAUCUGGGACACAAGAUCCAACAACACCUCGAAGCCCAGUCAUGCUGUUGAUGCUCACACUGCUGAGGUCAACUGCUUGUCCUUCAACCCAUACAGCGAGUUUAUAUUGGCAACCGGCUCAGCAGAUAAGACUGUGGCUCUUUGGGACCUGAGGAACCUCAAACUGAAACUGCAUUCGUUUGAGUCUCACAAAGAUGAGAUUUUCCAGGUGCAAUGGUCUCCUCAUAAUGAGACUAUUCUGGCCUCUAGUGGCACAGACAGAAGGCUGAAUGUGUGGGACCUCAGUAAGAUUGGAGAGGAGCAAUCUCCAGAGGACGCGGAGGAUGGUCCACCGGAGCUGCUGUUUAUUCAUGGAGGCCACACAGCAAAGAUCUCCGACUUCUCCUGGAACCCCAACGAGCCGUGGGUCAUCUGUUCUGUCUCCGAGGAUAAUAUCAUGCAAGUUUGGCAGAUGGCUGAAAAUAUUUACAAUGAUGAGGACCCAGAAGGAGCCGCAGACUCUGAGGUUCAGGCGUAA